AAUGCGUACUUCCCCGAACGCAUGCCGUAUGUUGUAAAGAUGCGUUCAGUUGAUCCGCCACGCAGUGAUGAGCCGGGCUCAAUGCAAUUUAAAAUGAUGGCGGGAUAUCGCUGUGCGCGUGGGGACUUCGAUACUCCAUACGAUAACUCAGCUGAAGAUUUGCUAACGACAAUCAUGCAAAAUAGCUUUGCUGCCAUUUCUGCGAGUGACGACGAUGAGCCAAUUGACGAAAUAAGCAGUGCUGCGUAUGAGGAACUGCAAUUAGGAGUAGUCCGUGCUUAUAAUAAUCGAUUGAGAGAACGUAAACGCAGAUAUCGAAUAAUGCGUGACCACGGGCUCAUCAUGCCCAAUCGCACGUUGGGUUGGAUCUCGAAGUAUGCAGAGGCGUUGGGCUCGGAAUCGAAUUGCCAUCGUUUCUUGUCUUUUAUGCAGAUCAGCAAGCCGAUUAAAUACGACAUGCUGGUAGAGUCCCUGAAAUAUUUUUCGGAUGUGCAAAAGAAGAUUUAUCGCUUGUAUGAGCUACGUCAGAAUGGCGUUCGCACACUUGAAGGCGGUGCAUUGUACUUCAAAAUGAAGAAACGGCGCGCUCAGCAACAACGCGAUCGCCUAAAAGAUGAUACAUCCCGACAACUGCACGAUUGGCGUAAGCUAAUGCCAAGCCCUCAAAUGCUCGUACCCAAUCCGUUCGCAACGCCGCAUGCAGGUUCAAACCCCAGAAAGAAGCCUGGCCCAAUGGACAUUAUGGGCAUGCCUGGGUAUACCCGUCUCACCGACGAUGAACGAAAAUUGUGCAGCGUCGAGCGUAUAGCACCACAAUCAUAUAUAGAUUACAAAAACAUCUUAAUAGCGGAAAAUAUGAAAAUUGGUCAUUUGCGUUUGGCCGAUGCCAGGCGUUUGAUAAAGAUUGAUGUCAACAAAACUCGGCAAAUAUAUGAUUUUCUGAUAGAAAAUGGCCAUAUAAAUAGACCCACGUGACGUGUAUAAAUUUUUGUAAAUCGAAUCUAAAAAAUCGAUAACAAUUGAAAACCAUUUAUAGAUGAUAAUUUGAAAACGCCGAAACUUUACUAAUUUCUGAAGUACACAUGUUGCUUGACCAUCGCAAACGUCAAAACGAAUCGGCAGACGAGGAGCAGG